AUGAAAGAGGAGUGCAAGAGCGGCAUUACAAUACCACUACAGAAGGCGAGGGAGCGGACCGCAGCAGCAACCGGUGUAUCUCAACGCUCUGUUACCCGGAUAAACAGCGAACUAAACGCUUUAAAGGUGAGUGAGGAUGAUAAUAAAUCUUUUUUAACACCUCACAAAACAAAAAGGAAGAAAAAGCCGAUUACUGGCCUAGACCAUUUCGAUGAAUGUGUGGUUCGUAGGACUGUCUAUGAAUUUUACAUAACAGAAAAAAGACUGCCGACGUCAAAACUGUUGCAGAAUUCUCUUAAAGAAAAGUUGAACUUUCAGGGAAGUCAAUCAAGUGUUCGGAGGAUUUUGAAAAAAUUAGGAUUUUCCUGGAAAAGGACACAGAAUAAUCGGAGGAUUCUAAUUGAAAAAUCUGAGAUUAGGGAAAAGAGAAUAACUUAUCUCCAGUCACUCAAGCGAUUCAGGUCGGAAGGGAGACCCAUCGUGUACAUGGAUGAAAGUUACGUAUGUUCAGAUCACGUAUCUGGGAAAAUGUGGUCGGAUGGAUCAAAUAAUGUUUUGCAUACGCCCGUGUCCAAAGGAGAAAGACUGAUAAUAGUUCACGCUGGAGGGGAACAGGGGUUCGUCCCAAACGCUUUGGCCAUGUGGAAGGCAGGCCAAAAAUCCGGCGACUACCACGACAACAUGAACAACAAAAAUUACAUGCAAUGGGUCAUAAAUCAACUGAUACCAAACUUAAAUCCUAACUCUGUAUUGGUUAUUGACAAUGCGAAGUACCACAACAAGCAAAUUGAUAAGGCCCCGACUUCCAAUAGUAAAAAAGAAGAAAUGACAAAGUGGCUUUCCGAGCACAACAUUUCCUACGAUCCAACAAUGCUAAAACCUCAACUUUACAAACUCAUUCUUCAACACAAACAUCGAUAUGUCAAAUAUGUCCUGGAUGACAUCUUGGAAAGGGAAGGCCACAGUGUACUGCGUCUGCCCCCGUAUCAUCCUGAUUUGAACCCAAUCGAGAUGAUAUGGGCAGAUGUAAAAAACUAUGUUGCAUCACACAACACGACCUUCAAAUUGUGCGAUGUGAAAAAGCUUUGUGAAGAAAAGUUUUCUUCGAUAUCGCAACAGGAUUGGGAAUGUAAGUGUAGGCACGUUAAAAAUGUGGAAAAUGAAUACGCCGCCAAAGAGCCAGCCAUCGAUGAAAUAACGGAAAGUUUUAUCAUUAAUGUAGACGACAGCACCAGCGACGACGAGGGAACGAGCGACUCCGAUGAAUUCAGCGAUAUGUCUGGGAUUGAGGAGUUAUGA